GAAGCCCGAGGAUGAGGGCGGCUGCCAUUCUGUGGCAAAGGCGGAUGAGGGCAUGAUGGGAUCGAACAUGAACCCGAUGGCCAUGACGCCGAUGGGCAUGAACCCGAUGGCCAUGAUGAUGAUGGGCGCCGCGAUGAUGGGCCAGGUCAUGAUGGCCGGCUCCGGCACUGGAGACAUGGCCGUGCAGCAGCAGAAGCUGCCCGCAGCGGAUGACGACGACGAGGAGGACACUGGCUCCUACGGCUCGUCCUUCAACGUGAAUCAUCCCAACUACCGGCCUCCCGACAUGGAGCAGAUCCCGGGAGUCACCGACAAGAGGUUCGUUGGUCGAAUCAAGUUCUGGUUCGAGAACAAGGGCUUUGGCUUCAUCGAGAGCGAGGAAUUCUCGAAAGUUUUCGGUGGGGACUCCGACGUCUUCCUCCACCACUUCCAAAAGAAGCCGGGA